GUGCGAAUAAAAUGGGUGCGUUCUUACAGUGGAGACGAUUUGUAUUUUUUGAUAAAGAGACAGUGAAGGACGCUGGAGAUAAUGGGAAAAACUUCGUCCUCCCCGUCGGCAUAUCGGCUUGUGACUCGGGCCGGGGCCACAUCGUUCUUGGAGAUAUGGACGGUCAGAUCUGGUUUUUGACACGCUCACUACAGUUGUCCUCCUUUCAGGCUUACAAGCUGCGAGUGACCCACCUGUACCAGCUCAAGCAGCACAGCAUUUUGGUCUCGGUUGGGCAGGACGAGCAAGGAAUUAACCCCUUGGUGAAGGUAUGGAAUCUGGACAAGCGAGACAGCGGGAAUCCUCUGUGUACCAGAAUAUUCCCAGCUAUUCCUGGGAACAAGCCAACAGAGGUGUCCUGCCUCACUGUACACGAGAACCUCAACUUUAUGGCCAUUGGCUUCACAGAUGGCAGUGUGGUGUUGACAAAGGGUGACAUCACUCGGGACAGGCACAGUAAAACCCUGACACUGCAUGAGGGCACCUGUCCAAUCACGGGCCUUGCUUUCCGUCAGCAGGGCAAGGUCACUCACCUAUUUGUUGCCUCUCUGGAAAAAGUCCACUGCUACACUUUGAUGGUGAAAGAGUACCCUAAACUGGAGCUGGACACCCACGGCUGUGCGCUGCGUUGCUCUGCGCUCACAGACCCCUACCAGGACUCCCAGUUCAUCGUCGCGGGGGACGAGUGUGUGUACCUUUACCAGCCCGACGAACGGGGGCCCUGUUUCGCUUUCGACGGGCACAAGCUGCUGGCCCACUGGCACCGGGGAUACCUCCUGCUGCUCACCAGGGACACCAAGUCUCCCAACAAGUCUGAAUUUGGGAGCAGAGAGACGUCUCCGUCGGAGAAGCAAACCUUGACUAUCUACGACCUGGACAACAAGUUCAUUGCCUACAGCGCUUCCUUUGACGACAUCAUUGACGUUCUGGCCGAAUGGGGCUCUUUCUACAUCCUGACUCGGGACGGAAAUAUGUUUGUUCUGCAGGAGAAGGACACUCAGACCAAGCUAGAGAUGCUAUUCAAGAAGAAUCUGUUUGUGAUGGCCAUAAACCUGGCUAAGAGCCAGCACUUGGACAGCGACGGGCUGUCUGAGAUCUUCAGGCAGUACGGUGACCACCUCUACGUGAAGGGGGACCACGACGGAGCCAUCCAACAGUACAUCCGCACUAUCGGGAAGCUGGAGCCCUCUUACGUGAUACGUAAGUUUCUGGAUGCUCAGCGGAUCCACAACCUAACGGCCUACCUGCAGGCUCUGCACUGGAAGUCGCUGGCCAACGCCGACCACACCACCCUGCUUCUCAACUGCUACACCAAGCUCAAGGACAGCUCUAAGCUUGAAGAGUUCAUCAAGAGCAGCGAGACCGAGGUCCACUUCGACGUGGAGAUCGCCAUCAAGGUGCUGCGCCAGGCAGGCUACCACAGUCAUGCCGUCUUCCUGGCCGAGAGGCACCAGCACCACGAGUGGUACCUGAAGAUCCAGCUGGAGGACCUGAAGAACUACCAGGAGGCCUUGCGCUACAUUGGGCGACUUCCCUUCGAGCAGGCAGAGAGAAACAUGAAGCGCUACGGCAAGACCCUGAUGCACCACGUCCCUGAUGGCACCACACUGCUCCUCAAGGGCCUGUGUACCGACUACCAGCCCAGCUGGGACACCGCAGACAGAGACAGCCUGGACAGGGGCCCGGCGGCGGCCAACAAGGCCAAUUCAGAGGAGUUCAUCCCUGUGUUCGCUAAUAACCCGCGGGAGCUAAGGGCCUUCCUGGAGCACAUGAUGGAGGUGGAGCCCUUCUCCUCUCAGGGGGUGUAUGACACGCUGCUAGAACUACGGCUGCAGGACUGGGCACAUGAACAAGACCCUGAGAGGAAGAAGGUCCUGCAGGGGGCAGCACUGUCGUUGCUGAGGAGCGACAACACCGUAUUUGACAAGGCACUCGUCCUGUGCCAGAUGCACAACUUCAAAGAAGGGGUCCUGUACCUCUAUGAGAAGGGCAAGCUGUACCAGCAGAUCAUGCACUACCACAUGCAGAACGAGGAGUACGGCAAAGUGGUGGAGGCCUGCAAGCGCUACGGUGACCAGGAAGUGUGCCUGUGGGAGCAGGCGCUGGGCUACUUUGCCCGCAAAGAGGAGAACUGCAAGGCCUACAUCAGCCAAGUCCUGCAGCACAUCGACCAGAACAACCUGAUGCCUCCCUUAUUGGUGGUGCAGACGCUGGCACACAACUCCACGGCUACACUGUCGGUCAUCAAGGACUACCUCAUCAACAAGCUGCAGAGGGAGACACAGCAGAUCGAGGACGACGAGCGCAAGAUCUGCCAGUACCGUGAGGAGACUGCCCACCUCCGCACCGAGAUCCAGGAGCUUAGAAGCAGUGCAAAGAUUUUCCAGAAGACCAAGUGCAGCAUGUGUAACAGCCCCCUCGAGCUGCCCUCUGUUCACUUCCUGUGCAGUCAUUCAUUCCACCAGCACUGCUUCGAGAGCUAUGCCGAGAGUGAGGCCGAGUGUCCCACUUGUACACCGGAAAACCGCAAGGUCAUGGACAUGCUGCGUGCCCAGGACCAGAAGCGAGACCUGCACGACCACUUCACCAGACAGCUGCACUGCUCCAACGACGGUUUCUCUGUGGUGGCGGACUACUUUGGCCGCGGGGUGUUCAACAAGCUGACCCUGGUCACCGACCCUCCGGGCAGCAAGGCGGGAAGCCUGGAUGUAGACCUGCAGAGGGACCUUCUCAUCCACACCAAGAGGAAGACUUGAGGGCCACAGGGCCCAACAGACGUGGCUUGCAACCCUACACUAUUACCCUUUUCACACAAUCAUGCUGACCCAAACCAAACUGGGCUGGCUCUGAUAUUUUAUUUUCAAGAUUGUCCUUUUCAGUGCGGUUGGUUGGCUUGGUUUGGCUCUGUAGUGUGAAAAGCCCUUAGGUGCUGUGUUAUACGGCGGUUGUUAAAACGCGCUUCUGCUCAAGCUAAGAAUUCACUACUAUACCCAGCUGCAGAGCAGCAGACCCUCUGUUCAAUGGGAACCCUGACCCAUAGUGCUUUGUUCUGUAGUUCAGGAUGCCACACAAUAUUUAGUCAAGAUGAAUCCGAGUCAGACUCCUGUUGCAACACCAGUAAGAGAUGUGUUGGUAGUUUCUGUUGCUAUGCCAGGUGUUUCUUGAAUGUGUGAUGUUCUGAUGCAUGUUACUUAACACGUCUGUGCAUCUGGGUUGUUGUGUCCAUUAGGGCAAAUAAUGGAACACAUUUUUUAAAUGCUUUGCAUCGGAAAAUGAAUAUGAGCGUUUCUUAUUGGACAAGUCCAGUUAGUCCCUGUUUUCUUCCAUUUGGUACCUAAUAAACACAACCCUGGUCCAAGCACUGAGCACAGAGGUUCAGAAGAAUGAAGGGUUGUUGGAAGGAUUGUUUCAUGCGCUUGAUUUAUGUUUAUUGUAUAAUGUACAGUACCAGUCACACCUACUCAUUCAAGGGUUUUUCUUAAUUUUGACUAUUUUCUACAU